AUGUCUCCUAAUGAAGCAGUAAAAAAAGCUUUAAAAGGAGAGAAAAUAAUAGCCAAACCUGCUGUUAAACAUAAAAGACCUAUUGGAUUUGAUGAACCUCGAUUAAGCUAUAAAGAUUUUGUUCGAUAUUUACUUAAAUCUGGAGAAUUGGAAUUUGGUAAUAGACGAAUAACUGAUAUGAAUUGGUCUCCUAAAGUUUAUCGUAUUAAAGAAUCCUUAAUACAAAAAAAUCAACCAGUGCUAUACUGGCUUAUGGGUGAAAAUGGUGAUAGCCCUGAAAGAUCCUUUGUAAGAGAACAAUUGAUGAUAGUUAAGGAAGUUGAAUAUCCACCUAAAUGGAUCCUUAAACAAAAUUAA